AUGUCCAAGCGGUCCCACCAAGUCAUGGAUGCCCCAGGCCCCUCAGAGCCGCUCCUCCGCGAGCCCCAAAAACGGUUCUACCGCCAGCGCGCUCACGCCAACGUCUUUGUUGACCAUGAGCUCGACUACCCCGCGUCGCCUGACCAGAUGGACUGGUCGCUCCACUACCCCAACUACUUCCCCGCCAAGGACGGCCAGGACUUGAAGCAGGUCGAGUGGGCGGACGUUGGCUGCGGUUUCGGCGGUCUCCUCAUGGCCCUUGCCCCCCAGUUCCCCGACACCGUCAUGUUGGGAAUGGAGAUCCGCGUGUCGGUGACACAGUACGUCGCCGACCGUAUCGCCCACGCCCGCCAGGCCGCCAUUGUUGCCCCCGAGGGUGCUGAGGAGAAGAAGCCCGGUGGCUUCCAGAACGUCUCGGUCAUCCGCGCAAACUCGAUGAAGCACAUGCCCAACUUCUUUGCCAAGGGCCAGCUGUCAAAGAUCUUCUUCCUCUUCCCCGACCCCCACUUCAAGGUCCGCAAGCAGAAGGCGCGCAUUGUCACCACUGCCCUGUUGGCCGAGUACGCCUUUGUCCUCCGCCCUGGAGGCAUUCUCUACACUGUCACGGACGUGAAGGACCUCCACGAGUGGAUGGACCACCACCUCCGCAAGCACCCGUCGUUUGAGUACAUCCCCACUGAGGAGCUCGCCGACGACCCCAUCCUUCUCGCCGCCAAGACUGCCACCGAGGAAGGCCGCAAGGUCGAGCGUAACGGCGGCGACAAGUGGGUCGCGUGCUUCCGUCGUCUUCCCGACCCCGAGGAGUAA